AUGCUCGUGCCCAAAACCAUCACAAAGGCUGCCCGCAGCAGCGGUGUUAUCCGCACCAUAUCGGCACGCGGAUAUGCCAGAAUUGCCGACACAAAGGUCGCAAUGUCUCAGUUUGAGCAGGAAAAGUUCAUCAACUACCAGCGUAUCGAAGACAACUUGAAGAUUGUUCGCGACAGACUUCAGCACCCUCUUACGUUGGCUGAGAAGAUCGUCUAUGGUCACUUGGACGACGCCAAGAACCAGGACAUCAAGCGGGGAUCCUCCUACUUGAAGCUCCGUCCUGACCGUGUUGCGUGUCAGGAUGCCACCGCCCAAAUGGCUCUUCUGCAAUUCAUGUCCGCCGGUCUUCCCACUGUCGCUGUCCCUACCACCGUCCACUGUGAUCACUUGAUUGAGGCCCAGAAGGGCGGAGACAAGGAUCUUCCCCGCGCUGAGGAAAUCAACCGUGAAGUCUACGACUUUUUGGCCACAUGCACAGCCAAGUACGGCAUCGGUUUCUGGAAGCCAGGAUCUGGUAUCAUUCACCAAAUCAUCCUCGAGAACUACGCUUUCCCUGGUGGUAUGAUGAUCGGUACCGACUCUCACACACCUAACGCUGGUGGUUUGGGUAUGGUCGCCGUCGGUGUGGGUGGUGCCGAUGCUGUUGAUGUCAUGGCCAACAUUCCCUGGGAAUUGAAGUGCCCCAAGGUUAUUGGUGUCAAGCUUACCGGCAAGAUGAACGGAUGGACCUCUCCCAAGGACGUCAUCUUGAAGGUUGCUGGUAUCCUCACUGUCAAAGGUGGUACAGGUGCCAUUGUUGAAUACUUUGGCUCUGGUGUCGACUCCAUCUCUUGCACUGGUAUGGCUACCAUCUGUAACAUGGGUGCUGAAAUUGGUGCCACCACCAGUUUGUUCCCUUACAACCACCGUAUGGCCGACUACCUUUCGGCUACCAACCGUUCUGACAUUGCUCAGUACGCCAACACCUUCCGCCACAACCUCACUGCCGACGAGGGUGCCAAGUACGACCAGGUCAUUGAAAUUGACUUGAACACCUUGGAGCCCCACAUCAACGGUCCUUUCACCCCCGAUCUUGCCACCCCCAUCAGCAAGUUCGCUGCCGCUGUUGAGAAAAACAACUGGCCCGCAGAAAUGAAGGUUGGUUUGAUUGGAUCUUGCACCAACUCCUCCUACGAGGACAUGGACCGCGCUGCCAGCUUGGCCAAGCAAGCCCUUGAUGCUGGUGUGAAGGCCAAGUCCCAGUUCGUCGUGACCCCUGGUUCCGAGCAAAUUCGUGCUACCAUUGCUCGCGACGGUCAAAUGGAGAUCUUUGAGAAGAUUAACGGAACUGUUUUGGCCAAUGCCUGUGGUCCUUGUAUCGGUCAAUGGGAUCGUCAGGACGUGAAGAAGGGCGAGGCCAACUCCAUUGUGACUUCAUACAACCGUAACUUUACUGGUCGUAACGAUGCCAACCCUGCCACCCACGCUUUCGUCACCAGCCCUGAGCUUGUCACCGCCAUGGUUUUCGCUGGCGACCUUCGUUUCAACCCCUUGACGGACAGUCUCAAGACCGCCGACGGCAAAGAGUUCAAGUUCAAGGCUCCCUACGGCGAGGAGCUUCCCCCCAAGGGUUACGACCCUGGCAUGAACACCUACCAGGCUCCCCCCGCUGAUCGCUCGAACGUCAGCGUCAAGGUGUCUCCUACUUCGAACCGUCUUCAGCUCCUUACCCCCUUCAGCAAGUGGAACGGAAAGGACUACGAAGAGAUCCCAAUUCUGAUCAAGGUCAAGGGCAAGUGUACCACUGACCAUAUCUCCAUGGCUGGUCCCUGGCUCAAGUACCGUGGUCACCUGGACAACAUCUCCAACAACAUGUUGAUCGGUGCCAUCAACUCUGAGAACGGCAAGGCCAACUCUGUCAAGAACCUCCUCAACGGACAAUUUGAGCCCGUUCCCCAGACUGCUCGUGCCUACAAGGCUGCCAACAUCCCCUGGGUGGUGAUUGGUGACGAGAACUAUGGUGAAGGUUCUUCCCGUGAGCACGCUGCUCUCGAGGUUCGUCACCUUGGUGGUGUUGCCGUCAUUGUCAAGUCAUUCGCUCGUAUCCACGAGACUAACUUGAAGAAGCAAGGUGUCCUCCCCUUGACUUUUGCCGACCCCAAGGACUAUGACAAGAUUGAACCCUCGGACAAGGUGUCCAUCAUUGGUCUUACAAGCUUUGGUCCUGGAAAGCCCGUGACUCUGCGACUCACCAAGAAGGAUGGAAAGAAGGUUGACAUCAAGCUCAACCACACCUUCAACGAAGGCCAGAUCGAAUGGUUCAAGGCUGGUAGUGCAUUGAAUUUGAUGGCUGCCGCUGCCAAUGCGCGUGCAUAA